GCAGGCUCUCUUUGCUGUACACUUACUUGUACAUGAGCUUUUCUCUUAACUAUAUACUACUCAGUCCGAGGUUCGAGGACUUAUACAAAACUUCGCAUCACAUCACAUUCGUUCCGAAUCUUGGUUUCUAAAAGUACGACUUCUCAAAUCAACCUCACUACCAACGAAUCAUUUAUUAUUAUUAUUAAAUAGUUUGGAUAUAUUGGUUAUUGCUUUUUACACUGGAUUUUCCUGGCCUUAUUCUCGGAAUUUUUUUUAUAAAAAGAAACAAUAAAUUUAUUGGGUCUUCGGGGUCUUCGAAGCUAAAUUAAUUAGCGUCUACUGUCCGCGUCAUCUGGACCAACCCGAACAAUAUAUACCAAUUUCACAUCCCAUAUAGGAUUUCAUAGAAGGGUCUUUCUUUUUCAUCAAUAUAUUUUAAUCUCCAAUCAUGAGGACGACAACAUUCAUCACCGCUGCCGUGGGACUAUUAUCAACAUGUACAGAUGCAAUUCAAUUACAGAAGCGAACCGAUGGACCAGCACGAGUAGUCGGACUGGAUGUGGUACGAAAAUCUGUGGAAAAUCCUCUAGCAAGAGAUAAAUUAAGGAAAUUAAGGAGGAGGUCGAAGACAGUUACUGCUACUUUAGAUAAUGAGGAAACUUUAUAUUUCGCCAAUGGAACAUUAGGUACACCAGCACAAAGCUUACGGUUACAUAUCGACACGGGAAGCAGUGACUUAUGGGUUAAUACUGCUAGCUCUACUUUAUGUAGUAGAAAGACAAACCCAUGCCAGACGGCUGGAACAUACACAGCCAACUCAUCAUCAACAUACGCAUAUGUAGCCAGCGAUUUUAAUAUUUCAUACGUCGAUGGAUCUGGAGCAUCGGGAGACUAUGUCACUGAUACAUUUACGAUUGGAUCAGCAACCUUGGACAAAUUGCAAUUUGGUAUUGGAUAUACCAGUUCUUCGCCUGAAGGUAUUCUAGGCAUCGGUUAUGAGAUUAACGAGGUUCAAGUGGGAAGAGCGGGAAAGAAGGCAUAUAAUAACUUACCAGCACAAAUGGUUGCUGAUGGUUUGAUCAAUUCAAACGCUUUCUCCCUAUGGCUUAACGAUUUGGAUGCCAGCACUGGAAGUAUUUUAUUCGGUGGUGUCGACACUGCUCAAUUUCACGGCCAAUUGGAAACUCUCCCGAUCGAAAAAGAAUCCGGAUAUUACGCCGAAUUUCUAAUCACCUUAACCGAAGUCAUGCUAGGCGAUACCGUCAUCGCCCAAGACCAAGCUCUCGCCGUACUCCUCGAUUCCGGUAGUUCCCUCACCUACCUCCCCGACGCCAUGGCCGAAGCCAUCUACGAACAAGUCGAAGCCCAAUACGAUGCUAGCGAAGGCGCCGCUUACGUCCCAUGUUCCCUCGCUACCAACACCAGCGCUCUGAACUUCACCUUCACGUCCCCUACCAUUCAAGUCACCAUGAACGAACUCGUCAUUCCCGUCACCAGCACCACAGGUCAACAAUUACAGUUCACCGACGGCACCGCAGCCUGUCUCUUCGGUAUCGCUCCCGCAGGUGACAGUACCUCUGUUCUUGGAGAUACCUUUAUCCGCUCGGCAUAUAUCGUCUACGAUCUCGACAAUAAUGAGAUUUCGCUCGCCCAAACAAAUUUCAACGCAACCAGUACAAGCGUAGUGGAAAUCACCACCGGUACCACGGCAGUUCCGAGCGCAACAUUAGUUGCCAACCCAGUAACAGCCAGUUCGGGUUCUUCAGGUAGCGAGAUGAGCGGAUCGGUCACUUUGAGCUCGGGUUCAAAGUCGAAAAAUGCAGGCGCCAUGCAGACGCCGCCACCGUUGGCAUACGGUAUGGCUGUAUUGGGCGCGGGAUUGUAUUACGCUAUGUAGAGAUCUCUUUCUUGGUUUGGCAUCAUGAGAUGUCAUGAGAUGAGAUGAAGUGGGGAAAUUUAAUUGGAAAAAAACUUUUUAUUAUUUUUUAUUAUAUUCAUUUGCAGCGGAUUGCAUCGCGUGAGAUGGGAUGGCACGGUCUGGCAUUCUAGAGUUUUAUACACACGAGAGUUGCAUUAAAAGGCGUUUCUCUUUCUUUUCUCACUCACGCUAUAUACUUUUAUGAGAUGAGAGCAUUUAUUCUUUUGAUGAAAAGGGAUUUUCUAUUUUCCAUACCUUUUAUAAAAUAUGGAUGGUUGGGUUGGAUCGCAUGGGUUGCUUGCUUGCAUAGCAUCGGAGUCUUUUUUUCUUAUGAUUUGGAUGGGAUGGGAAUUUUGGAAGGCUUGGAGAAUUCGAAGUGAAUGUGAGAUGAGACAGGAUGGAAUGAGAGGAGAGGAGAUGGAUUAGAGUUAUGUAUCCAUAUAUCUGAGAACAUAUUCUCGAAUAAGAAGGAAGGAGAAAGGAUACACACAUAUAUACAUAAUAUAUACAUACACAAGAAUAGAGAGACGAUAAGAAUACAAGACAGAAAUUCAAAGAACACAUUUAUUAUUCAUUUAUCUUCA